ACGUAGUGGAAUCACUCGGUGACCAGCAAUGCGUGCCGCGUCAUCGUUCUUAAGUGUCUCGCUGUCGCUUUUCAAAGUGUUUAGCGCGAUCUUCCAUUCGGUUCGUUUAUAUACAAAUUUCAAUCACGUUAACGUAGUCGCACAAAAAAACAUCCGGUGUUAUUGCAAAACUGAUAGAAAGUUGCAUUAAUUUAAAUAAUUUAAGUGACACAUGAUCGUAUGAGAACAAGUAAUUCGUCCUUAUCGUCUGUUCCUUAUUCCGUGUUUAGUUUUUUGAACGAGGAAUAACUUUCCGAUCUUAUUCGUAUUUUCACGUGUUGGUCAUGUCAGAACAGAGUCCUCUUUCUCAAUCGAUUCGUGUAGCAUAUCCGGUGAGAAAUCUUAUCGAAGGUGUAAGGGCUCGAAAGCGUUGACGUGAAUGAAAGAACCGUUGUUGGAACAUUGUUCUCGAGUGUGGUGAGUGCGUAUAUCGCGGGGGAUAACGGCCUCCCGCGAGAGGGACGAACGGAAAGUGGCGCGUUCGUGCGUCGAAAAUGGAGGGUCGCGUGCUCGCCGGUUCCACCACGGAGGAAACGACGGCGGCGGUGACCACAAGCUGCGGCAUCGGCGCACCCUCACCGGUGGCUACGAUAAACGCGACGAUACCUGGUACCGGCGGCCUCACAUCGGCUACUUGCACCAUACAAAAUCCCGUGGUCGUGGUGGCCAGUCAGCCGACCAAACACCAAACGCAGACCGGCCCGGUGCUCUCCGCUAUCCCUACUGUCCCCGCUAUUCCGUCCGUUUCCGGUGUUUCCGCGGUCAGCGCCGUUCCCGCCGCUGUGCCGAAGAUGCUCAGCAGGAACGUCAACGGCACGUUGGUGCAGACGUCCGUACCUCAGAAUGAAGCGGAACUGCAACUGUACAGGGUGAUGCAACGUGCCUCUCUACUGAGCUACUACGACACGCUUCUAGAAAUGGGUGGCGACGACGUCCAACAAUUAUGCGACGCGGGAGAGGAAGAAUUUCUUGAAAUUAUGGCUCUCGUUGGUAUGGCGAGCAAACCGCUUCACGUUAGGAGGCUACAAAAAGCUCUUCAGGAAUGGAUCACGAAUCCUUCACUUUUUCAAACGCCCGUUGUACCGACGACAGCCACAUGUAAAACUGCCGCGGGUAUAGGAUUCCCUUGCGCGAGUCCCAGACCGCAAGUACAAAAUCUCCAAGGGUUCACGACGACCUCACAAUCGGGGACUCCUACAUCUUACGUGUCCCUUACACCGUUGCCCUGUAGAAGCGCCAGCCCCAUCGCUUCUGUUACAAGCGUAACUGCGCCUGUCGCCUCUACGACCUUUCGCAAAAGCCCCAGCCCGAAUACCCCCCUUCCUUACGCUACUUCUCACAGUCCUGGUAUUCUUCAGGUAGGAACAUGCGAGUCGUCCUGUGGUAGCGCGACAACUCCAAGUCCCAGCGGCGGAGGCGGUGCACCCGCGAGUCCAACGCAACCAACGCCGACGCUUUUACAAUCGCAAAUACAAAGACUCGCGGAGGCUGCUGAAAGACUGGCCGCUACUAUACGUCCCGUUGACCCGAAACCUCAUAAUGUUAAGAAAAAGAUUUGCAAGAAUUUAGAGAUGGUAAUGGCUAUGCCUGAUAGUGAUCCGCGUAGAAUGGAGGAGAUACGCAAAUACGCGGCGAUUUACGGAAGGUUUGACUGUAAGAGGAAACCGGAGAAACCGUUGACAUUACACGAAGUGUCUGUAAACGAGGCCGCUGCGCAAAUUUGCAGGUUCGUACCUGCCCUUCUUACUAGAAGAGAUGAACUUUUUCCUUUGGCCCGGCGUAUUGUGAGAGAUUCUGGGUAUCAUUAUUCAAAAAGUCAUUACUUGUCCAUGUCGAGGCCGCGUGAAAAUGGGGAAGAAAACGAAACCGAACGCGCGAAACGGCAAAAGCUCGAGCUCGAGGGUGAGAAUGAAGAUGCGACGCAGGAGGAGUUGGAUCUUCGUUGUCCUGAGAUGGAUAUAAGUAACUCGACAAUCAGGAGACACAGAUCUUCAAGUCCAGUUUGGAGGAAGAAGAAUAACAAUGGUAUGUUCAGUGCGAGUAUCGAAGAGAUUAGCGACUCCGACAGUCAGCUCUCGUUCUCAAACGAAGAGUCUUCGUCGAUACAUGACACUAACGAAGUUGAAACGGAUAAUCCAGACAAAGAGAGCGAUUUCAAUCUUAAGGUAAUAGCGUCGCGUGGAGACAAUAUAAUCGCAGUAGCGAAUCCUGCGCUAAUGGAGUGUAAUCAUCCCAUUAAAGAAGAACCGACGGACGAAAAACCAACGCUGUGAUAUUGUUUACAAACAAAUUCUAUUAUCGUACUUACAACAUUCCUAAAAUCGUAUUUCAAUUUUUGUAGAGAGAUUAACAUUAUCAUUAUUUGCAAUUUGACCACUGUCAUGUAGCGAAUGUCCCAAUUUCUAUUCACGUCAUAAUUUCUACUCGUUGGCACCUUUACCUAUAAUUUUAUCUCAAAAUCAUAGACAAAUAAGCCAGUAUGUAAAAAUUCGAACGUGAACAGAAAUUGGGACAUUCACCUUAACUUUUUCGUAUUUAGUAAAUUUUAUACUGGUUGUUGCUGUGCGACUUGUAAAAGAUUCUUUAUAAAAAAGUUCGUGCAAAGAAUGAACACUGCGUAAAACGAAUAUACAUUUGACACUCCAUGGUUUCAAUAAAUUUUCGAUAUACUCGUUAUAUUUUAAGUUACAAAACUUCUCCUGUAAAUAAAAAUACAAUUGAUUCAAAGCGUAAAAUUCAUACGUCGAUUAACGUAUGUACGUUUGCGCGUAUUGUAUAACAUUAAAAAGCGGAUUUGUAAAUAUAUAAAAUAAUAGAAAUUUUUUAUCUGAU